AUGGCAGAAGUGAUCCUUCACGUAUAUGACGUUAAAAAUAAUAAUUCCGGCAAUGAAACCCUAAAUUUCGCCAUCGUUCAACUCAACAACGCCUGUAAACAGGGCCUUUCUAUCGGCGGCGUCUUUCAUGCGGCUGUCCAGGUUUACGGCCACGAGGAAUGGGGAUAUCGGCUUUGCGACGAAGGCUCUAGUGUUUACACCUGUCCCGCCGGCGAAAACACGAUGUAUACAUACCGUGAAAGGAUAGUUCUCGGAAGAACAAGUUGCUCCUCUGGCAAGGUGAGUCAGAUCCUAAAAGAACUUAGCCAGGAGUGGCCGGGAAAUAAGUUCGAUCUGCUGGCGAAAAACGGUAACCAUUUCUGCAAUGUGUUGUUGCAGAGGCUGGGAGUGCCAAAGCUUCCGGCAUGGAUAAAUAGGUUUGCUGAUGUCGGAGAUAUUGCCUGUGAAACAUCACAAAUACUGCAAAAAACCAAGAAGGAAAUGGUAACUGCCGGAAAGGAGGCUUAUAAGAAUGCCAUCGAUGCGGCUUUUAAGGCUCCCAAGUCUCUUCUUGGUUUAAGCAAAGGUGCUCGAGUUCGAACAGAACGAUUCAAACCAAAGUUCUUUGAUGGAAGAAUUGCCGGACCAGAUGAAGAAACCAGCAAGAAAUAA